AUGACUACUUCACCCAUUUUCGACAAAUUGCCGGUGUCUGAGUUCCGGAACAUCAACGAGGCCAAGUCCAAGAACGUCCCCGAAGAAUGCCCGCAGGACUCACCCAUUGACCUCAACAUACGCUCCGGACCCAUUCUCAAGCUCUUCAACUGCAAUGAUAAAGGUUCCUCACGGUAUUUGGCAAGUCUUUUACUCGUUUUGGAAGACUACGACGAGGUGCCUUCCAUAACCUACCAGUUGGGUGAUUCUAACUCCCAGGAAGUGGUGGGAAAAGGAAACUUUGACGGGAAUUGUUUCUACAAGCAUGAAAACCUCCAAUUCUACCGGUACAUGAUAGACCUCCCACUCCAACCACACGAGUCGGUAUGCCUGUACGCCAUCAACGGCCAGACAACGGCAUACUGGAAGUUCUAUCUCCCGGCUUCCACCCAGUCUAUGAACAUUGUCAGUUUCAGCUGCAACGGCUUCUCAUUAGCGUGCGAUGCGGCCCAAUACCCUUCCAGCUUGUGGUUUGAUGUAUUGAACCGGCACUCACAAAACCCAUACCACGUGAUGUUGGGCGGUGGUGACCAGAUCUACUGCGACUCCGUCAAGGUGAUGAGUACCAAGAUGCAGCAGUGGACGCAAAUUGACGGAUUUAAGAAGAAACAGCAGAUGCAGGUGGAUGAAGCAUUUGAACAGGAUUUGCACAACUACUAUCUCCACCACUACAUGGCCUGGUUCGGCAAGGGCUUCUGGGUGGGCAAGAAGUCGCGGUACCUUGACUCGCUCUUCCCCAUGGCCAUGGCCACCAUCCCGUCAAUCAACAUUUUUGACGACCACGAUAUUAUUGACGGGUUCGGCUCGUACCCCGAAGCCACCAUGGCUUCGCCCGUGUUCAAGGCCAUCGGUGAGAUUGCCUUUUUGUACUACAUGAUUUUCCAACAUCACCAGUUGCCGCAGGAGCGGUUGCAACCGCAGUUUGAUUCGCUGUGGAUAGUGGGCACCACCAAACCCCGGUACGUUCCGUACCUCAACCGGUCGUUGUUCACACGGUUGGGCCCCGAGAUCGCGGUGGUGGGCUUGGACUGUAGAACCGAGCGGAGCUUGCUGAAGAUUGUGUCUGACAGCUCCUACAAGGGCAUUUUUGGCCGCAUGAAACUGGAACUUGAGCUGAACCCUGACAUCAAACAUCUUUUGGUGAUGUUGGGUGUACCCAUCUUGUACCCACGGUUGGUGUGGUUGGAGAUGGUGUUGACGUCGCCGUGGUUGAAGCCUCUCCGGAAGUUGGCGGAGAUGGGGGUCAUCAACAAGGGACUUUUAAACGAAUUCGACGGGUCCAUCGAAGUAUUGGACGAUAUCAACGACCACUGGUGCUCCAAAAACCACAAGGCCGAGCGCAAUCGGCUUGUCAGAGACCUCAUGGAGUUUGGGGCCCAGCACUCAGUUCGAAUCACCAUUUUAAGUGGAGACGUGCACUUGUGCUGUAUUGGCCGAUUGAAGUCGAGAGUCCACCAUCAUCCCACCUUCCAUCCCAUCAAAAAAGACAACUUUAAGCAACAGAACCGUAACACCUUGGAGUUCCCGCAGUACGACCCGCGGUUGAUGUUCAACGUGACGUCGUCGGCCAUUAUCAACGCUCCUCCACCCGAUGCCAUGGCCACCUUGUUGGACAAACGGUCCAAAGUGCACCAUUUUAACCGGGAUUGUGACGAGGACGUGGUUCCACUCUUCAACGUGAACCCCGAUGGUCAUCCGCGAGCCAACUUGCAGUUUUUGAACAAGCGGAACUGGUGUGAUUUGAACUUGGCCAAACACUCGGUGCACAAAAACGAGGUGAGCCAUGAAGACGACGAACGGAUAGUCAGCAGGUAUCCGGGGUCCACAAAGGUGGCCCCGGCCCCGUCGCUGUCCCACAACAGUUACGAGCGGUUCAUCGAGUACCCGCUUUUGGCAGACAGUUUGGUGACCACCAUACAUGUGGAGGAUGAUGCUAAGGACUUUGACUGUAAAACCAUGGGAUAUGAGUUAUUGAUUCCUCCAUUGAUGGGGAGCUACGAGCUUGAAGAUGUGGUGAUCAAGCAUGUGAAUGAAUCGAGCGAUUAGUGUAAACAGUUUUGGCUCUGAUUCUUAUAUAUCUCUACUGUAAUAUAUUCAUCCAAUAAUCGC